GGGCGGAGAAUGCGGUGGACAAGUGCGCGGUUUCUAUCACCAUUUAUUCCUCUGAUAUCGCUCCAAAUUAUGAAUUAUCGUAACGUAGUGUUCAGAAUCGUUUGACGAUUGAAAUGAAAAGGAAAGUCAGAAAUAACUUUAACGUUAUCACCAUUAACGGAAAAGAGAGAGUUUCUUCCGGACUGUUUCGGUUAUCAACGCGGGAUUUUGUUGUGGAUACCCAGCCCUGUUCAACCUUGUGCCGCCAAUGAUAAGUUCAGCAUCGCGUAGCGUCCACUUGACUUUUUCACGACCACCAUGGUGCUUUGGGAACCAGUAAAGUGGACGAAAAUUAUCUCGUUUCUUCGCAGCCUCCGAGUCCUCCAGCAUCAGCGUCUGUCUGUUGAAGCCGGUUUAACCCUACUCACGUGGAGCGAAUUAAAAUAGUUAAUUUAUGUAAUAUUCGUCCUGGAUUUAGAAACAAAAAAGCCUGUAAUCCAAGAUGACAUCGGAGGUCAGCCAAGUGUCUUUGAGUGAGCUGCCGAUGGACAACUGGAUGGCCCAUCUGCCCAGUGUACUGUGGGAUACCCCUAUCUGUUACAUGGCUAUUCCAGGAAGCCAUAAUGCCAUAACCUACUGUCUGGAUAAGAAUGACCGUUCCCCAGUGGACCUAACUCAACCAGAUAUGUUGCAAAAGCUGGACAAGUACAUGAAACCUAUCAUAAGACCAUUUGUUUACAAGUGGGCAAUAGCACAGGAGUCUUGCAUUAGGGAGCAGUUAGAUUGUGGAGUGCGAUACUGUGACCUGAGGAUUGCACAUCGGCCUAAUGACAGAUCAAAUGAUCUCUACUUCUACCAUGGGGUUUAUACCACUAUAACUGUGGAGACUGUAUUAAAAGAGAUCAGAGAGUGGUUGGAUGUUCACCCAAAAGAAGUAGUCAUCCUCUCAUUUAGCCACUUCCUGGGCCUCAGCCAAGAGCUUCACUCAUUGCUUGUCUCAACUAUAAACAGUGUUUUUGAUUCUAAACUGUGCCCCAAAAUGGAGCGUGUAACACUACGGAAAUUAUGGAGUGAGGGUCAUCAAGUUAUCGUUUCCUACGAGCACAAUACUGCCAACUGCAACAGAGAAUUGUGGUCCCAUAUACCUUAUUGGUGGGCCAACAAGUGCAAAGCUGAAGCACUGAUCGAGGAAUUUGAGCGUAGGAAACAAAAUGGCCGACCAGGCGGGUUCUUUGUGACUGGCAUCAAUCUUACCGAAGACCUGAAGUACAUAUGCUCCCAUCCCACAGAAUCACUGAAGGAUAUGGUAAUGUCCACAUACCCCACAUUACUCAGCUGGGUCAAGCAACAGAAGCCCGGCUCCAACACCGGCUCCCUCAACAUCAUAGCUGGAGACUUUGUUACAGAAAGCCAAUUCAUACCAACCGUCAUUGCACUCAAUGAAAAUCUCCUCAACAGGACCAUAUUACCACAACCUUGAUGCUCUUUUAGUCCGCAAAAUGUAUUUAACAUUGAAAAAAAGUUUCUUGUUCAUGUUUUUUUUUAACACUAGUCAACUUUGCACUUUUUUAUAAGGGUGCUUACACAUUAGACUUUAUGCUGCGUCACCGCCAUUCAUUUCAGUGAUGGUGCAUUAAAAGAAAGAAACGAGUUUGCUCCAUCAACCAAAAGCACUUUCCAUACCUGUCUGUCAAAUCAGAGAGCUCUAUCUAAUGAGUAAGCAUUCUGACGUUGAUAUAAAUUUGAGUUAUGGGUAGAAUAAUGUAAUGCACUGACUUUUAUGACUUGAAUUUUAUUAUAUUAAGCUUAUUUAUGCAGUCAUCAAUAUAUACCUCGGAUUUUGCAAAAAAUAGUAAUCAUAUUUUAGGAUGUCAUCAUGAAGGUCCGGGUUAACACAACUUUAGCCUCAGACACAAGCACAUUACAGGACAAAAUAAGUAAUAAUAAUUUCACCAAUUGCAUGAGAACUGCUGAAGACUACUCAAUGCAAGCUUGCACAAAUAGGAUUUUCAAACACUCAGGAUUGUUCAGUUAUGAUAUGCUCUUUUCAACUUUGUACUGUGUGGAAUGGCAAUAUGAGAAUAUGAUUCCGAUAAGUAUGUCUGCAUGGUGCAUACAAUCAAACGCAUGUAGAGACACUGGGAUAUUUUGUGGUUGUGCAUAUGUUCUCUGACACAGCAUGCAGUUUAAUCAAUAUGUAUCAGUUGGCAUUACAAACAAAAGUGCUUAUAUUAACUAAUAUUAGUAGAUGGAUGGAAUUUAAUAUAUUCAUAUUUCGUACUUGAGGAUUUACAGUCAAUUAAACAUAUCCAUAAAUGUAAUAGAUUUGUCUGCAUUUCAGCUAACAUUGCUAUCUAGCAAA